CCGCCCGGUCUUCUGACGUCAGGCAGUUCGUCCAGCCCCGCCCCUGUGCGCCGCCAUGGCCAUUGGCCAGUCUCCUCAGCGUGACUCGUCGGUGCUGUGACGCUCGCUCUCCCUCCUCGCAUCCCUCCCCCCGUGCGUGGUGACGACAUCACGCAGCCGUCCCACACACACCCCUUCCGGGCCGUUGCCGGGGUGACGGUGUGGGCGCUCGGGGGGCUGGCGGGGCCGGGCGAUGGCGGCGGAGGCGGCGCGGGCGGAGGGGCCCCCGCUGCCCGGGCCCCCGGGGGGGCGGCCCCGGCAAAUCUGCUCCCGCCCCUACUUCGUGGUGCUCAUGGUGUUCGCGCACCUCUACGUGCUCAACGUGCUGGGGCUGCUGCUCUUCGUGCACCUCAGCGCGGGGGACGGCCCGGGCGCCGGGCCCCCGCCCCCCAGCGAGCCCGCCCCCGCCCCCGCCGCGCCCGGCC